GUUUGCAGUUCAACAUUAAAAAGUCCACAGAGCCCGUCCAGCCCCGAGCCCUCCUCAAGUUCCCAGACAUCUAUGGACCCAGGCCAGCUGUGACGGCCCCAGAGGUCAUCAACUACGCAGACUACACUCUGAGGACCACAGAGGAGCCUGCUGCGUCUGCCAGCCCUCAGGCCCCAAAUGACAGCCGCCUCAAGAGGCAGGUCACAGAGGAGCUGUUCGUCCUUCCUCAGAAUGGUGUGGUGGAGGAUGUCUGUGUCAUGGAGACCUGGAACCCAGAGAAGGCUGCCAGCUGGAACCAAGCCCCCAAGCUCCACUACUGCCUGCAGUAUGACCAGCAGAAGGCGGAGCUGUUUGUGACUCACCUGGAAGCUGUGACCAGUGACCAUGACGGAGGCUGUGACUGCUAUGUCCAAGGCAGCGUGACCAACAAGACAGGCUCUGUGGAGGCUCAAACGGCCCUAAAGAAGCGGGAGCUGCGUAUCACCUGGGAGGAAGGCCUGGUGCUCCCCCUGGCAGAGGAGGAGCUCCCCACCGCGACCCUGACACUGACCCUGAGGACCUGUGACCGCUUCUCUCGCCACAGUGUGGCCGGGGAGCUUCGCCUGGGCCUGGAUGGGGUGUCCGUACCUCUGGGGGCUGCCCAGUGGGGGGAGCUGAAGACUUCAGUUAAGGAGCCUUCAGCAGGAACUGGAGAGGUCCUUCUCUCCAUCAGCUACCUCCCGGCUGCCAACCGCCUCCUGGUGGUGCUGAUUAAGGCCAAGAACCUCCACUCCAACCAGCCCAAGGAGCUCCUGGGGAAAGAUGUCUCUGUCAAGGUGACCUUAAAGCACCAGGCUCGGAAGCUGAAGAAGAAGCAGACGAAACGAGCCAAGCACAAGAUCAACCCCGUGUGGAAUGAGAUGAUCAUGUUCGAGCUGCCCGACGACCUGCUGCAGGCCUCGAGCGUGGAGCUGGAGGUGCUGGGCCAGGAGGAGGAGGGGCAGAGCUGCGCGCUGGGCCGCUGCAGCCUGGGCUUGCACGCCGCGGGCUCGGAGCGCAGCCACUGGGAGGAGAUGCUCAAAAACCCGCGCCGGCAGAUCGCCAUGUGGCACCAGCUGCACCUGUAGCUGCCUUCCUGGGCCACCUCCCUUCUCCUGCACAGCCCUGCCCCUUCGGUCCCAGCUGUCCUCUGCCACCUCCUCUUUGUGCCACGUCCUCAUUAUGACAGGCGUGUUUGCAAAGACCAAGACCCUAUUUCCUUGUCAUCACACCACCGUUUCUAAACAGUGAGCAGGGCAGGGCAGCGUGUGGACAUCUGGGUCACACUGAGGAAUGCGUUUUGCUCAUCUGUGUCAUUGAUGAGGCACUUAUCAAUUUCAGCCCAUGUGUAGGAUUUGCGGGUGGGGGCGCCAGUCCAGAUGCAGAGAAAGCUGAAUUGGGGGAAUAAUGGAUACAAAGAAUUUGGUUUUUUAAAAAUGAGCAUUUUAAAAAUGAUGAAAAAAAUAAAAGUAUCCUGGAUCAACUCAUAGAAUUAGAGAUUGUCAGGGUGGGGUGAAAUCUCAGGCAGCAUGAAGUCACACUCCCAACCCAAGCAGCUCUCAAACCUUAGUGUGUGGAGAAAUCACCAGCAGACUCCCGGGCCCACCUGUAGACUUUCCAAACCAGUGUUCCUGGCAGAUCUCAGGAGCCUUCCUUUUCAGCAAGCACUCAGCGGCUUGGUUGCAGAGGUUGGAGCACUGGGCUUGGAGAAAUCCCUUCUGCAACAUUCCAGACAAGUUUUCACAGUCCUUAACACCCUGGGGCAGCCGGUUCCAAUGCGGGAUAUCUCAACCAUCAGUGUGAAAUUUGGAAGACUCUGGGUACUUCAUUUAAUUAUUCUGAUUCUUCAUAUUUUCUUUUGUACUUUUCAGAUCCUGCUCUUGGAUUGCAUUUGUACUUUUUAUUGAUUAACUUUAUUGUUUUAUCUCAGAAUCAGUUUAUAUUAUAUUUGAGGGGGGCCUUCCUUGGCAGAGUACAGGUGGGAUCCCCCUAUUAGUCAUCAGGUCCUCGUUGUCACAUCCACCAGCAUCACCAAAGUGACCCUCUGAGACAGACCUACCCCUCCUGGCGGUCCAGCCACUUCAGGAAGAAUCCCACACUUGGGGCUCAUGUUAAUUUAGUUCACUACAUCUGGCUCCGGGGAGGCGGGGAAGGAAGAUAACUCUGAAUAGGAAACAAAGACUUUUACAAAUGUGCCUCCAGCUUUAGUUUGCAGGACUGAUCCCUUUAAAAUAAGUAAAUAACCAGCAGCCAGGUUUCAGAUUCCUACCUUAUUAUUUCAAAGAGCUGUCCGGUAAUUAAAUGAUGAGCCUUGUGGAGUGGAUAUGUUUGCCUGUGAGCCAAGACUCCUGGAUUCUGUUGUUGGCCAUCUGAUACGCAGCACUGAGGACACGGCAGCUCUAUUGGUGAGAACGAUGUGAUUGAUAGAUGAAAGUGUGCUCAAAGCUGCACGUGCUCCCCAGCUAAAAACGAACUCUGGGGCCACCAGCAGAUCAUCUUUAAGCUUUAAGUUGGCAGCUGACAAUGCCUGGAGAGAGCCAAUUCCAUUGUAAGCAUUUCCAGUACCCUGAAUUCUGCGUUUGGACGCCUUAGUACUGACAUCCAAACUCUGGGUCUUCAGAUGUCAUCCUGGUCCUGAUCUAAAAGAGAAUUCCUAGAUCCAGGAACCCCUAGGGUCAGGGCUAUCCUUCAACCUCAAUAAGUCAAGUCAUUCUUGGUCUCCCCCUGAAACUCUGAGCAGGGACCUAUCCCCCUUCGUUAUCAUUUUUCCUUUCUGUACAGAAGUAGAAAAGCAUUAGAAACAACUUCUAUCCACCGUCUAAAGAAACAGAAAAAAUAUCAAAUCCUUGUCUAAAAGGGAAAUCUUUCAGAUUGGAAAUCUUGAUCACUGAGGUUGACCACCUCCUACCAAUUUUUUUUUAGGCAACACAUUUGUGAGUGAUUUCCUAUACAUGUUUUUAGACCCUGACCCCCCCCCUCCCCCCCGCCUCCAGUCACUCUGGUUUCCCUUAUUUGGUUGGCAUGGCUAAAAUAGAACAAAACAUUCCCUAUGUAAGCUGACCAGUACUCUCUUCUUGGUAAUAUCUGCUACUUCGGUCUAGAAAAGUCUGGAUUCUAGGCUUAGAAUUAGCAAACAUGGUUCUAUUUCUUUAUAAAUCUAUAUACCUGCCUUGUAGUCACACCAAAGGAUGCUUGAGGUGGGUUGGGUAGGGUCUCUGAUCCUAAAAAUAGCACCUCUACCCAUGGUCAUUCCACCAUGAGGCAUUCAUUUCUUUGGAUCCCAGAGGUUUAGUUUUCCAGAAUCUAUAAACUAGGUUGCCCCUGAUAAGAGUCAAAUGCCACCACAGAACAUCUUAGGUAUCAGCUGUCAUCUCUCUUACCAGGCAUGUACAAAAAUAAGAGGAUUUCCAGGGAGCUUUUUCUGUUGUGUUCACUGGUGUGUUCCGACACCUAGGAUAAAGCUGGCUCAUGGGCCUGCAGAAAAGUAUUUGUUGAAUGAAUUGAGUAAAGGAUAGAUAGGGGAGUAGAGAGAAAAGGACACUGCAAAUGGCAUAAAAAUCAGAGUCCCAGGUCGUUUCUCAAUGGUAAAGGCAUCAGAAAUCUCAGUUGGCCUAGAAAUUCAUGGCAUCAAUUAUUACCAUUCACCUAAUGACAAUUCAUAGCUCUCUGUGUAAAUGUCAUUAAUGAUAGAAGAGAAUAUAAUCACUGUGCUUUUCUGCCCAAAUUUGGUCUUGGUGAAUUUUAUAUUAGUCAGAGGUAUCAGACUGCCAGAUCCAAAACUUCAGUGCUUACCUUGUACCAGAUACAUCUGCAGUUUACUACCCACCAAAUAAGAGUAAUUGGGUCUGUGUGAGCACAUCUGAUUUUUUUCGAAAGGAACACCUUGUACUUUGCCAGGGAGUGUUUUCUAAGAGGGGCAUGAAGCAGAGGUGAAAAUAAAGUAAGAAACCAUCUCAGACUGGGCUGUUUCCCACAAGGAGAUCUGGUUCUUUCAUAGAUACAGCAAUGGGGAUAAAGAAUUGGGAGUCCACUCUCAUUAAUCUGUGACUCCACUUCUUAAAUCAAUAUCUAUUUGUUGAGUGCCGAUUGAUCAAGACCUUGCACAUGUCUGUUCAUUUCAAUCUGACAUGACUCUUGGUGGAGGUUGAGUGAAAAAUCACCCCAAAUGACACCAUGUAAAGAGCAGGAUGGGAGAUCAGUUCUUUAUGAGUCAUUCCUUUGGGAUACAAGGAGUCCUGGGUGGCAGGUGGCUAGUGCCUAAGCCAAAUUGAGGUGAGGACCACAAAACACAGAAAUCUAGCCCUUGUGAUUUGUUUCUGCCGCUGUGUUUCCUGUUGUCAAUGCUAAGUGUGUAUUUGUUUGUAAUUAUGAACUGAAGCACAAAAACACGCAUGAGGCAUUGUAGUCAUAUGUCUGAUGCCACACUUUGGAGCAAAAACCUUUCAGUGGUAAAUAAAUAAUUUCCAAUUGGGUUA